AUGCUUCUCUAUAAUAUCUUUUUACUGUUUUUGGUGUUGGCUUUUGCAAGUACAUCUUCUUCUGCAUAUGAAUCGGAUCGCUCUGCUUUGCUUGACUUCAAAGGUAGAAUAUUGAACGACCCACUCAAAAUCAUGAGUUCUUGGAACGAUUCCACGCAUUUUUGUGACUGGAUGGGUGUUACUUGCAAUUCAACUGUUGAAAGAGUAGUGACUUUGGACUUGGAAGGUGGAGAUCUAACUGGCUCCUUACCUUCUUCUUUGGGAAACCUCACAUACCUAACUAAAAUCAGUCUGGGAAACAACAAAUUCCGUGGCCCAAUUCCCCAAGAGUUUGGUCGAUUACUUCAAUUGCGUCAUCUCAAUCUAUCAUACAAUAACUUUGGUGGUGAGUUUCCAAGGAAUAUAAGUCAUUGCAUAGAGCUGAUUGUUUUGGAGAUUAGUGGGAAUGGGUUCAUAGGCCAGAUUCCACACGAAUUGUCCACAUUGACCAAGUUGGAACGAUUCAUGUUCGGGAUUAACAAUAUGACUGGAACUAUUCCAGCUUGGGUGGGAAAUUUUUCUUCGAUAUUGGCUAUGUCAUUCGGGCGGAACAACUUUCAUGGAAGCAUUCCUAGUGAAAUAGGGCGCCUAUCUAGAAUGGAAUUCUUCACAGUUGUUGAGAAUAGUUUGACAGGUACAGUACCACCUUCAAUCUACAAUAUAACUUUUCUAAAUCUCUUGCAUUUUACUGAAAAUCGAUUGCAAGGAACUCUACCACCAAAUAUCGGGUUUACUCUUCCUAAUCUUCAGAGCUUUGCUGGUGGUAUUAAUAAUUUCAGUGGCCCUAUUCCAAAGUCCUUGGCUAAUAUCUCUACCCUUCAAAUCUUAGAUUUUCCUAAUAACAAUCUUGUUGGAAUGGUACCGAAUGAAAUAGGGGGAUUAAAUUACCUAGAGCGUCUGAAUUUUGGAUCAAAUAGUCUUGGAAGUGGAAAAGUUGGUGACUUGAAUUUUAUUAGUUCCUUGGUUAAUUGUACUAGGCUAAGAAUUUUGGGUCUAAAUACGAACCAUUUUGGAGGAGUAUUGCCAUUGUCCAUUGCUAACCUUUCAAACCAACUAAUAGCGAUAACCUUGGGUGAGAAUAUGUUGAGUGGAAGCAUUCCUUUAGGGAUUACAAACUUGAUUAACUUGCAAGUUCUUGCAAUGGAAAGCAACAUGAUGAAUGGCAGUAUCCCUCCCGAUAUAGGAAAGUUUAAAAAUUUGGUGCUUUUGUACUUGGGUGGAAACAGACUAAUUGGGCCAAUCCCUUCCUCCAUUGGUAACUUAACUUCACUGACCAAUCUCUACUUGAGUUAUAACAAACAUGACGGACGUAUACCAACAAGCUUAGGAGAAUGCAAAAGCCUCGUAUCUCUUGAGCUAUCUACUAACAACCUAAGUGGCACCAUACCAAAUGAAAUCUUUGGUCUCACUUCUCUCUCAAUCACUUUGACAUUAGAUCAUAACUCGUUUACUGGCUCAUUGCCAAAUGAAGUGGGUGGUUUACUUGGUUUAUUAGAACUGGAUGUAUCAGAAAAUAAAUUAUCAGGUGAUAUUCCUAGUAACCUUGGUAAAUGUACUAGCAUGGAGCGAUUGUAUCUUGGGGGAAACCAAUUUGGGGGAACAAUUCCUCAAUCUUUAGAAGCUUUGAAAAGCCUUGUAAAACUAAAUUUAUCACACAACAACUUGACAGGACCAAUUCCCCAAUUUCUUUGUAAACUCUUUUCGCUCACGUUUGUCGACCUAUCUUACAAUAACUUCGUGGGAGAAGUGCCCGAAGAAGGAGUUUUUUCCAACUCAACCAUGUUUUCUAUCAUUGGGAAUAAUAAUUUGUGUGAUGGUUUACAAGAAUUACAUUUACCUCCAUGCACGUCUAACCAAACACGUUCAUCACCAAAGGUUUUAAUCCUUGUAGCAUCUGCAGUGGCAUUCAUUGUUAUUUCGGUCAGCAUCUUAUUUGUUUAUUUUAUGCUUAAGAAGUCGAGGAAGGAUACUUCAACUUCAUCUUCUAUAAAGGAGCUUCUACCACAAAUUUCUUACUUAGAACUCAGUAAAUCAACCGAUGGAUUCUCUAUGGAUAAUUUGAUUGGUUCGGGUAGUUUUGGUACUGUGUAUAAAGGUGUACUUUCAAAUGAUGGAUCUACGGUUGCCAUUAAAGUUCUAAAUCUUCAACAAGAAGGUGCUUCCAAGAGUUUUGUUGACGAAUGUUAUGCCCUCUCAAACAUACGGCAUCGAAAUCUCCUCAAGGUCAUAACUUCUUGCUCAAGUAUUGAUGUACACGGUAAUGAAUUUAAAGCUCUAGUUUUCAACUUUAUGUCCAACGGAAAUCUUGAUGGUUGGCUUCAUCCUGCAAUUCAAGGGAAAAAUCGAAGAAAGUUGAGUCUCAUUCAGAGAUUGAACAUUGCUAUUGAUAUUGCAUGUGGAUUAGACUAUCUCCAUAAUUAUUGUGAAAAUCCAAUUGUUCAUUGUGAUCUGAAGCCUAGUAACGUAUUGCUCGACGACGAUAUGGUAGCUCAUGUAGGGGACUUUGGAUUAGCUAGAUUCAUGUUAGAAAAAUCAAGUGAUCAAUUAUCUUUUAGCCAUACCAUGUCACUUGCACUCAAGGGUUCUAUUGGAUAUAUCCCUCCAGAGUAUGGUACUGGUAGCAGAAUUUCUAUUGAAGGAGAUAUCUUCAGUUAUGGAAUAUUAUUACUAGAGAUGAUCAUUGGAAAAAGACCCACUGAUGAUAUCUUUUGCAAUGAUGUGGAUAUUCAUUUGUUCAUUACAAUGGCAUUACCUCAAGAUGCCUUGAGCAUAAUCGACUCUUCAAUACUAUUUGAAGAAACAUGUCAAGAAGAAGACAACAAAGAUAAGAUACAAGUAAUAGCGAUAAAGAGUGGAGAAGAUCAUAGAGAAAUCGUCCCAAGAUGGAUGGAAGAGUGUCUAGUCUCGAUAAUGAGAAUUGGCUUGGCAUGCUCCUCAAGAGUACCUAGUGAGAGAACAUCAAUGAAUAUUGUUGUCAAUGAAUUGCAAGCAAUUAAAAACUCAUAUCUUGAAUUUAAAAUGGCACACUAA